UUAUAUGCAAUUUCCUUGCAGGAAAAAUUUAUUCUGAUGCUGCACUGAUUCAGAAACAUGAGUUUGUUGAUAGCAUGCUCCAGGGAGUUAAUGAAGGGAAUCUUCAUGGACAAAGCAAUUUCUGCAGCAUCUGUCCUGAACUUUUUUGGGAUAAUGACUGUGCAGAAAGCCUUGAGGUUAAAUGUGCUUCCCAGAACACAUCAUGUAUUAGAAAUUUCAGAUCAGAUUUGCAAACCAAAAGCAUUGGAAUGAAUACAUAGUGAUGCUGGAGAAUUCUCAGACUUGUCAAAUGCUCUUAAUUCUCCAUAUGAUGCUGCUACACCUGAUCGAGAUGCAUUUUUGUUCGAUGAUGUAAGCACCGAUCAACUUCCUGAUGUGUUCAGAAGCACUUUGGGAUGGGAUACAUCAGUGGAGGACAAGCAGUCUCUGGAGCAUCAUAUACUCUUUGAAUUGCAGAACCUGACUGAAAUUAACAAAUUUUCCAGUCCCUCGCAAUGCAGCUCUAUGCCAAAUGAGAUUGAUGAUGAAACAAUAUGGAUACCAAAAAUAUCUUUUUGAAGAAGUGUCUAGUCCAUUCGGAAGUAUAUUUGAUACCACCAAACUGGUGGUUGGAAUAGGUGCUGAGAAGCCAGUGCAGUGUGGUAGGGAUGUUCGAGUGGGAAAUUUUUCUGAGGCACACAAGACUCAUUUGGGAGAUGAAGACAGUGCAGUUAUAACAAAUAAGAGAUUACGCAAACCCACUCGAAGAUAUAUUGAAGAAACAUCAGAUUUGAAAUCCAGAUGCUGCAGAGAAACUAGAGGUUUAGUUAUUCAGAAACAAAGAGGUCUGCAUGCCUCCAGAGUUCAGCGUCGGAAAAAUGCUGCAGUUAUGGUGAGAUAUCCUUUCCAUGAAGUGGGAAAUGAGACUAUAAUAAGCGAGGAUGAAUUCUUAACUGCCGAUGAAUCUAGAGCAACAUAUGCUUUAAGGUUUCCAAAGUCUGAGUUACGAAAUAAUGCAUCAGAAGACUGGACCAGAACAGUUAGAAAUGAGAAAAGUGGGAUUAGAAGGAAACAUCAUAGACUUUGGACACUUCCAGAAGUGAUGAAGCUCAUUGAAGGUGUCUCCCAAUAUGGAGUUGGCAGAUGGACUGAUAUCAAGAGGCUCUUAUUCGCAACAUCUGCUUUCCGCACAUCUGUGGAUCUCAAGGAUAAAUGGAGAAACCUUUUGAGAGCUAGUGUUGCUCAGUUACAUGACAGAAAGCAGGUUGGGCCACACAAGAAACAUGUGACACUCCCCAUACCACAAUAUGUUAUGCGACGCAUUAGGGAGUUAUCUGCCAUUCAUCCGUACCCAAGGGAGCGAAAGCCAAGAGCACAGCUGAUUUCAAGCAAUCCAGUCUUCAGCCGCAGCAAUGACAAUUCCAGUAGCGGCGGCGACGAUGAACUCACAGAAGAAACAUAGUCUCACAUAGCAGAGACACAAGUGGCUGUCUCUUUUUUGUUUCUUGCUUACCGAAAAUUUACCUUCACUUUCAACAUAAUACAUAUUGCCAACUUUGUACAAGUAAUGUUCUUCAAUCGAUCGGAGUGCAAUGGGAAUAGAAAUGCUCCUCAAAAUUGGUGGA